AUGACUGAGGAUCGAUGCUUGAAGUGUGGACAGGAAGCAGAAGAUAGCAACCAUGUCUUUCAAAGGUGUCCUAUAGCGAAAGAAAGUUGGCUUACCUGGGUUUUCAGCGAAGGAACAAAUGAUCAGUGUCGAGGAUUCUGCUGUGGGCUAUGGAUAACCUGGACAAGCAGAAAUAAAUUUCUUUAUGAAGGUAAAAUCAGUACCAGUUGGGACAUAUCCAAGCAAAUAAAAAGCUAUAUUCUUGAGCUGGAAGGUAUUAGAGAAAGGGAACUCACCUUAGUAACCAGCACAAAGUCUAGUCAGAGGCUACAAAGAGAGAAUACGACCAUCUUCUUCGAUGCGGCUUUUGACUCAAAGCAUAACAGAUCUGCGUCAGGCCUAGUUGUCAAGGAGCAGGAGGGUAAAAUAGUGGCUGCAAAGUCAAUCCUUCAUGAAAAUGUUGCAUCUCUAUUUGUGGCGGAAGCAUAUGCAGGAUAUCAAGCAACAAUGUUAGGGAUUCAACUGGGAUAUCUUAAUGUGGAUAUACUAGGAGAUUCAAAAACAAUUACAACUAAAUGCCAAAGUGAAAAUCACGACAGAUCAGAAAUAGGAGCAAUCAUCAGUGAUAUUCAAGGACUAAAUGUUUCUUUCAAAAAAUCAGUUUCUUCUUCAUACCAAGGAUUGGAAAUAUUGAAGCACACAGAAUAG